ACACAUACACACACACAUAAACAGAGCUUUUUUGGGCAACUGGGAAAAGCUGGGAAAAGAAUGGGCACCCUUUCAGGGCUCUUGACGGUUAUUCAACAGGGAGAGAGGGAGGGGAUGUUAUGCCCUCUGCGUAUGCUCAGGAGCUAGGCAUGUGGGGGAAAUGUCUUCUUUUUUCAGCGAAAUGGUAGCUUCAAACGGCCAUUAAACGGAUAGUCGUAAGUCGAGGACUACCAGCAAUGAGAUUUAAAGCCAGCCUGGUCCAAUCCUCCGAAUGGGAAUUUUAUCCCGUUGUCGGUCACGAACAAACAGCAGCAUCUUUCCUGGCUCAAAGCUGAACUUCGAACAACUCCACCACGCCUGUUGGAUGACUCAUCUCGUUAACAUCCAGCAUAGUCAUCUCGGCUCCAGAUUUUUUCGGGGAAACGUACGCUGCUGGAGAUCUACUGGGCUCACUUUCUCCAGUCCCCGAGGUCUCCUGCCAAACUGGUUUGAGAAAUGGUAGGAAAUCUGGGUGAGGCUCGAACGCAGAACCGGCUGGGAGGGAAGAGCAACCGGAAAGGUGAAAAGGAGGAUUAGAAGGCGUCCUGAGACGCAGAAGAAAAAGCCGGCGCAAUCCGUAUCUUUAUAGCUGCUUUCCCACCCCUCCUUCUUCUCCUCUUUAUCUCAGCUCGAAUCCAAGAUGGAGACGCCGCUUGAAGAAGCCUUAGGCGUGAUGGUCGAAACCUUUUACAAAUAUUCCGCAAAGGAAGGCGACAAAUACAAACUCAACAAAAAAGAGAUGAAGGAGCUGCUUCUGGAGGAAAUGCCCAAUUUUGUCAAGGUGAAGAAGGGGAAGAUCAACGAACGGGGUUUUGAAUUUCUGAUGGAGAAACUGGACAACAACGAAGACGAAGAAUUAGACUUCCAGGAGUACGCUGUGUUUUUGGCCCUGACGGCCUCGCUCUGCUACGCAUUCUUCCAGGAAUGUGCGGACGAGAACAAUCGGAAGCAAUGAAGUUGGCGCUUGGGGUGGGGUGGGAAUUUGGGGGGGCUAUGUCUCUUGUGACGAUCCAUAGGAGGUCUCUCCCUGCUGGCAAAUAAAGAUAUUUUUUUUUUUGAA